UAGUCCGAGGAUAAGGGGACCUGCAUUCAGACAUGGCUGUUGUAAUAUGGUAGGCUACAUGAAAUACGAACGUCCAUGAAAUCCUAUUUAGUUUGAAACUAUGAGGAUACUCGAAUAUGUCCAGACUUAAUAUAGCCUGGUACACCCCUUACUAUAUGUCCCCCCGUCGUCGCAUCUGAGAACUUCUUCUUCGGAGCCAAUCAUCAGGACGCAGCUGUGUAUGGCAUUUAACCCACUGUCGCACAGUGAACGGACGAGCGCGAGGAGGAGGGACCGCCGGUUAAUAACCCAACUGCACUGCAUCUGUCAUCCUCAUGGUCUCCCGACGUGUCCGGCAGCAUGUAGACGGGCUCCUCUAGUGCCACUGCGGAGAGAGAAAUGGCAUUAGAAAAAUAUUCUCUAAUUUUGACACUAUCUAUGGAUGCAGAGUAACCUGAUGUUCCACAGCUGUAUUUGGGAGUCUUGGUUAAUUGUGUUCAGUCAAUCGGUGCACGCGCUACACGCUGCGCACUUUGGCGGUGGUGACAGUCAAACUAUGUUAGCUGUUUUCUCAACCAGUGUAAUCUAAGGAAUUAAUCGUUAUACAGGACUAUACACCAGCAACACGUACCCAGAACCGUGGAGCGUGACUCCCGCUGGAUGUAACGUUGAGCGGAGUGACGCGGGUCGUGUGCGGGCGAAUAGAGCCGUGGCGGAGCAAACGCACGAAGUCCAAAUUCCAUCUCCCUUUCCGUGUCCCCGUGCCUCUUCCCGCCCCAUAACGGAGAUGUUGUUCCUCGGAAUACUGCUCAGCAUCUUCAUACAAGAUGUGGUCACCUCCUUGCCGCCCCUCCCCCCGGGCAUUAUGGACUGUGUGGAGGCAGAGAGUGGGUGUGAAGCAGAUCCCCAGUGCAAGGAGCUGUACAGCACCUUGCGGUACUGUGUGUCUGAGGAGGAGGUGGCUCCGCAGGGGAGCAAGGCCAGGAUAGGGUGCCUGGAGGCCCUGAGCGCCCUGCACUACCCCCCCCUGUUGGCCUGCAAGUGUCAGCGCGGCGCACGCAGAGAGGAGCACUGCCUCCGAGUCUACUGGAGUGUCAGGAUCCUGCAGAGUUAUGAGGACCUGGAGGCGUCUCCCUAUGAUGACUCGCCAGUGGAAAUGUCUCACAUGGCUUCCAUAGUGGCCGCAGCCUCCUCUCUUCCUCUAGAUGGACAGAACGCGUGUCUGAAGGCAGCCCAGGACUGUGGUCUGUAUGAGAAAUGCGGGUCCUUGAGGUCUGAGUACGUCCUGGCCUGCACUAAGCGCGUCCCAGGCUCAGAACACUGCAACAGGCAGAAGUGCCACCGGGCGCUGCGGCGCUUCCUGGAGCGUGUCCCAGGGGAGUACAGCCUGGGGUUGUUGUUCUGCCCCUGUACUGACAAACUGUGUGGGGAGAGACGCAGGAAGACCAUCGUCCCUUCCUGUUCCUACCAGGAGAGAGACGGGGAACAGCCCAACUGUCUGCAUCUGCAGAGCUCCUGCACGAGGGACCAACUCUGCAGGUCCAGACUGGCUGAUUUCCAGCAUAACUGCCAGUCCUCCGGCCACUCCCCCUCGGGCUGUUUCAGAGAUAGUGGAACAGUGUGCCUCAAAUCCUACGCCGGACUCAUCGGCACCAUCAUGACCCCCAACUACCUUAGCAACAGCACUAUGGACGUGGCCCUAUGGUGCAAUUGUGAGGGCAGUGGCAACCAAUGGAAGAACUGCCUGAAGAUCCAGAACAUGUUCACCAAUAACGUCUGUCUGGAGAACUCCAUAAGUACCAUGGGUAGCUCCCCCCCUCGGCCAGUGGAGAGCAUUCUUCCCCCUUCCCCUCGCCCCUCCCCCCUGGACCAGCAGAACAAACUCAGCAACAACGCCCAGGAUGAGCUCAGCAACAACGCUGUGGAGCUUAGUGAGGAAGAGGAGGAAGAGGAGGAGGGGGGUCAAUUUGACGUGAUCCCUCUCUAUGCUGAGAAGGCCACGGUGUCCAAUCUGGGUUCUGGGGGUGGGGGGGUGUCCCCCCGUCUGUCCUCAGCCCCCCCUCCCUCCCUGCUGCUGCUCCUUCUGCUACUGUCUGCCUCUCUGAGCUGGGGGUAGCUGGCCCAUUGGGCUGAUGGGUAUUCAGGAGGGGAGAGGACGCACGCUGGGACUGCAAAUGAGACACGCAUUCAUGAGCAGGCAGAACUGAACUGCCUGACUACUCUGCGCAGCAACAAUAUGAUGAUGAAAGGCUUUUUUCCCCCCCCCUCGCUCUCUCGCUCUCCUGAACGCUGCAACGCUGAGUGGACCGAUCUCUCUUCCUAGUCAGGCUGCGAGACUUUCCCGCCACUAUCUUUUAUGUGCCGAUUGGACAAUGGAAAGUGACAGGAACGACCAUUCAGGAUCACUGAACUGUUCUGCUGGUGUUCAAGAAUACGAAAACAAAUCGUAAUGCUAAUACACUGAUUCUCUUCACCCUGCUCCCUUUAAGCAUGUCUGUGUACCACAGGAGAGGGCCAGCUUUCUCCCCCCUACCCAUCAGAACAGGUUCUGUUCUGACUCCUCCUCUACACACCCUGCACAGUGUCUGGAUCAGGUUGUGUUAUGUGCUUUUCCUCUCUCUGCAGUUCAGACACACACCUCCACUGUGUACAUGAAUAUAAUAAAAAAAAUAUAUAUAUGAUCUUCCGUUUUCUUCCGUUCUCUUCCUGGAACUGUUGUGAAUGCACUAACUAGAGUAUCAAAUUGAAAUGUGGAACCUGAAAGCCAGUUCCCACUGCUUUUUUCAUUCUUCCCCUCCAACCAGGGACCGAUUUAGACCUAUAGGAUGCCAGCUGGGAGCAAUGAAUUAUCAUCUCGUGGGGUCAGAGUUGAAUGCUCAUGUACUAGACCAUGUACAUGAGCAAGUCAAGAAAAGGCAUUUGAAUAACAGAGAUGGCACUUGUCCAAUGUGCCUCCAUCAACAGUGGACUGCAUUUAAUGGGCACAUAUAAAAAGGCCUAUAGAUGAACUUCACAUGCACCAAUUCUCUGUCCUAGUUCUGACAUGGUGAUACUGUGUUGAAGCAGUGGCAGUGAUGAUGAUGAUGAUGAUGAUGAUGACGAUGAUUGAAACACCACAUCAGGUUUAAUGGCCUUUUGUCAGUGUGUGUUUAAUGAAAUCACUGUGAUGUAUUUCUGCUUUGUCUCAGUUCUCCUCAAUAGUACAUUCUCCAGUGCAUUAUUAAAGCAUUGAAGAGUGACUACAAAACGACCAAACACUGUGGUCACAUAGAGGGGUUGGUUGUUUAGCAACAAAACUGAGGCUUGUGCAACUGUGGGGCAGAACAGACGGCGUUGGCUUAGAUUUGUUGACAACGUGUCAACUAUAUUUCCCCUCUCCAAAUGUUUAUUGAAAACAUAAAUACAUUUGCACAAUGAGCACUUAUUGUCUCUCAAAUACAUUAUUACAGUUGUAAGGUAGCUAGCUAGUGAUUUUAUGCCAUUUUAGCAUAGGCAUGACAUCAGUCAAAACCCCUCAAAACAAGACAUGGUAUCAAUAACAAGAUGCAACUAGCUGAAACGAGCCCCACAUGAUUCCCCACAUGCCAGCUUCUUGUCAUUGUUGCUAGCUAUCCGACGGCUCAGAAUCAUAACAACGCAAGCCUUCCCGGCCACAAUGGUGACGUUUGUCAGCUAAACCGCACACACUGACGUGCACACACACUAACACUGACAAAUACAGAUACACAAAUAUACACUGUCUGUGAGUCAGAGGAGCCCCAAUCACAGACCUAUUAAAUAAUCAGACAGGUUUCUCUCCCACUGUGUCUAAUCAAAACGAAUAGGUCUCCUGCUCUCUGCUCCUCCGUGACCACUCUGCCCAUGGGCUGAGUGUGUGUGUGUGUGUGUGUGGUGCACGUUGGCACAGACUAAAGGGGCUGGUUUGUCGUGACUCUAUCAGUCUGUCAGUAAGAGAAAGGGUUCUAGCCUGUGAGAGACAGGACCUGUAAUUAGAGUGGUGCACAUUGGCAUUACAUGGCUCGUGUGUGUGUGUGUGUGUGUGUGCGUGUGCAUGUGUGUGUGUGGUGCACAUUGGCACAGACUAAAGGCCUUGUUUACUCUCUCUCUCUAUUCCUUUCUCUCUACCUUAUCCUCCGUCCUCCCUGGGGAACCCAACAAACUUUUCCUCCUGAGUCCGUUCAGACAGAUGAGUGUUCAGACGGAGAGAGAUGGAGGAGCAGGAGACCCAGUAAAGCUUUUAAUCUGUAAAUGGAGAGAGAGGUAUCCAGUAAUGGUCAUUUAAGCAUUAAGCCCUCCUCCGUCCACCUCGUUUGUGCUUCCUAAUGCUCCUUAAACAUUUACGACCCUGAUGAUAACAAAGGAAGACUGCAGCCUAAUCAGAUCAAUGCUGGUUAAAAACCCUACUCGGAACUGCACAGGCAUCGGUGGGGGGGGGACUCAACUCAUAUCUGACUCCAGAUCAGCUUCUGUCAUCCUUAUAUAGGCAGUAAAUAAACUGCAUUGUGAUACUGACUGUCUGUAUGAAUCCAACCAGUGCACACACACAGUUUCUUUCUGUGCUUCCUUACUUUUCAGUUUAGUCCACUCUCUCUCUCUAGCUCUCUCUCCCUCUAGCUCUCUAUCGCUAUCUCUCUCUCUCUCUCUCUCUCUCACACAUUCUAGCUUUCUCCUUUCUCCAGCUCUCUCCCACAUUCUAGCUUUCUCCUUUCUCCAGCUCUCUCCCACCCUGUCUCUAGUUCUCUCUCUGUUAGUCUCUGUCGUUUUGGAACGGAGAGACAUGUCCUCCCUGAAUAGCUGAGACUGCAGUCAGAGAUUGGGGUGGCUCUGAAUAGCCAGGCCGAUAAGGAUGGAUUUCAUUCAGAAAUGGAUGGAGAGAUAGCGUCUGUCUCUGGGUGGCACAGAAUGACUCAUUCUACUCCGUCUAAAUGGCUUGCAUUGGGAGUGAUGAGAUUCCCUCUCCACUCUCCCCAGACUGCAUCCUGUAACAUUAGAGGGUCACAAGGGUUAAACAGCCUAAUAAGACGAAGACAUGCUGCAUUACACACUGCAUUACAACACACACGCUGUGGGACUCUCCAGCUAUCAGGAUCUGUGUGUUCACACCUGAGCUAUUUAUCUCCAUCCACCUGCACAAACCACUGGCUGAAUGUUUGGAGUGCUGAGCUGCAGGGUGUUUGCAGGAGUUUCCCGGUGCUGUGGUUGUGCAUUCUGUAUGUCACAGUAAAUUAUACAACUGCAGAAUAUGAUCUUCCUUAUCGAUUUCUCUCAGGAUGCAUGCAGGGCCCCAUCUAUAUGCAUAUUAUUGUUGGAGUACAGCUCGUUAAUCUUUGCGCGUUAUCAUUGUGGUUUUGUGUUCCCUGGCUUCUUGGCUGGCUGCUGUGAAGUGAACACAUACCCAUUGACUCUCUGGGAAGACACACACACGCACACACACACACACACACAAACUAAUUUGUCUUUCAUCAGCGUUCAGACCAUGGGUCUGUGCUGUUUGCCGUAUCAAUAUGUAGUUAGUGAGUGCGAAUUGCUGCAGUUAGAUCCAGGAGUGUGCGCAUAUGUGUGUGCACGUUUGGGAGUGCAUGUGUGCGUGCAUGUGUGUGUGUCCACUACCAUCACUUUAUGUCCCUUCAUUAUACUUAGGAAGCACACACACACUCACACGGACAGUUUGCUGACUAAUGGAGCCUUUAUUCUUAAUGAGUGCUGCACUUGUUCGUCUAUCUCCUGUCCCCCUCAUUACCUCUCUAUCUCUCAUCCCUCGCUUCCUCUCUUUUAUUCCUCCACCUGCAUCUUCUACCAUCACCUUCACCUGAUCCUCUCUACUUCUAUUUAACUACAGCUCCUAUCCUGUCAUCCUCUGUUCUUCUAUUUAACUACAGCUCCUAUCCUGUCAUCCUCUCUUCCACCUAAUCCCCCACUCCUCUCUUUCUCAAUAGCCCUCUCCUGGAUGUUCUUCCACAUUCUCUCUGCCCAUCUCCUUCUUUCCCUCUCUCCCUCCAGGUGCCGUGUGUUUGUGUGUGUGUUUGGAGAUGGUGUUGGUAAGGGACAGAGCAGCAGUGUGUGUUGUCUGGCCUGGCUAUGCCUCGCUGGCUGCUACGCUGCUCGCUCUGUUAAUAACCCAAGGUGCUUCUGACAUCUUAUUUAUGGUCUGUCAUUUGUUUUCGUGGCGUCAGCGGCUUUCACAUCCCAGGUGUGGUGGCACAACAUUUAGACUAGCACCCCUCACUGUACUUAAGAGUCUUCUCCUUCCCGCUCUCCCUCAGUCCUUCUCUCUUUCUUUCCCCUCCCUCCCUCCCUCCCUCUACACCUCCCUUUCUCUGAGCCCGUAUCACUCUCUCAAUCUGCCUUUUUAUCUCUCCCUCUCUAUCUCCAUUGAUCACAUCCAUCUCUCUCUCUCUCUGUCUCUGUCUGUCUCUCUUUCUCUCGCUGUCUCUGUCUGUCUGUCUCUCUCUCUCUCAAUUCAAUUGAAGGGGCUUUAUUGGCAUGGGAAACAUAUGUUUACAUUGCCAAAGCAAGUGAAAUACAUAAUAAACAAAAGUGAAAUAAGCAAUAAAAAAUGUACAGUGAACAUUACACAAAAGUUCCAAAAGAAUAAAGACAUUUCAAAUGUCAUAUUAUGUCUAUAUACAGUGUUGUAAUGAUGUGCAAAUAGUGAAAAGUACAAAAGGGAAAAUACAUCAAAAUAAAUGUGGGUUGUAUUUACAAUGGUGUUUGGUCUUCAAUGGUUGCCCUUUUCUUGUGGCAACAG